AAAUGGCACUGAUUUGUUCGAUAGUGAUUCUGUUUCUCUGGAAGAACUUGUUGAAGAUACGGAAGAUACAGAAGAGUCUUCUGAGGAAGUAAAUGAUUUUGUUGGAGAAAAUUCAUUAAAUUUAGAAAUUGAAAAUUUAAUAUCGUUAUCUUCCAAGCUAGAGUUUAACAAACCAUUAAGUAAAGAAGUUGUGUAUAGUGAUAAAAACUUCGACAUAAAUGAUUUGAUUAAUAACUCAGACUAA